GUUUGUUGAAAUAAGACUAGACUAAUUUAUUGUAAAGUUGUAUAUAAUUGAACAGCGUAAUAAAAGAAUAAUAUAAUUAUUGAUUUCUUGGAUUGUUUUCCCAUGGAUAUUUUAACAGAUACAUUACAUGCAUUACAUAUGAGAUACCCUGAGAUAAAUUUAUUUUUCAUCAAAAUAAAAUCCAUGGUUUCUUACUGAUUAACUAAAAUUUCCUUUUGAUGGAUACCUAUAUAAUUGUCCACAGUACAAUUAUCUGUAUUAUAUUUCUAUUUUAUGCAUGUAACAAUUAUAAGCUAUGACAUCUAGUUCAUCUCCAAUGCACAAUAAUUGUAAUAGCAGUUUUAAUGGUAGCGGCUCUAUCAACGGGACUUUGUGCAGAACCGGUAGUCUUGGAUUUAUUGAUGAAGUGCUACGUUACUCUGGAACUAAACAAUAUAUAUUCUUACAAGUUCACGUCUGUGCAAUUCACCAAGUGACUUUAGGAGAUAUAUCAGAUUUUCAUGAAACAGAUGCUUUAAGCUAUAUUGAUAGAUAUUAUAAAAAAAGAAGAGCUCAUUGUACUGCAGCUUUACUAGAAGAUCGAAUUUGUUUACGACGUGUUAAACAGUCGGGAAAAAUGCCAUUUCAUCCAUGGGUUGUAUAUAAUGAAAUAAAGUAUAUAUUCAUAAGCCGGAAACGACCUGAAUAUUUUGUCUUGUGUAUCGAUUCAAAUCAUGACCGGAGAAAAUACUAUGAAAUAUACAAAUGUAAAUCAGCUGAUGAUGUUAAACAAAUUGAAGAGAAGAUGAAAGCAGCAAUGAGGGAUCCUGAUAAAUUACUACGUAAAAUGCAUAUUUUAAGCCGUAUUAGUUUACCUCCUAAAAAUAAUGAAAAUCAAAAAGAGUUGGUUCCGAAGAUCAUGGUAGAAGAUGUAAGUAAAUUAAAUGGUGAUGAAGAUAAUAAAAAUAUUUGUAGUAAUAUUCAUGAUAAUAAUAAUAAUAAUAAUAGCAAUAAUAAUAAUAAUCGUAAUAAUAACAAUAAUGGUGGUGGUGGUAGUAGCAGUAAUGAUAAUAAAAGUGGUAGUGCUGACAAUGAAAUCGAUGUCAAGAAAGACAAAAAAUCUACUAGUUCCUUAAGUCCCGUCACACCAGUGAAAGAUUUAACUCUUGAAUCAUUGAAUGAAAAUUAUGUUGUAUCUAGUAUUUCAAUUACUCCCAUCGAAUUUUUUCAUCAUUCACCUGAAUCAUUAAUUUAUCAAAUAAAACAAAGUGUAUACGAACCAUCUCAGAAUGCACAUUCACUGCCCCAUUCUAUAUCAUCAGAAAGUGGAGAUAUUCAUCUUGAAACUCGAAUUAAUGAUAUAAUAGAUAAAAUAACAUUUAUUAAUCAUGAUCCACUAAAAGGAUUUUGUGAAAGUCAAAAUGGAAAUUUUUAUAUGUUUCUAGACCGUCAAGAAUUUCAUUUGAAUAAAUACAUUGAUAGAGAAGAGAGUUUUAUCAUAUCUAAUCAAAAAGAAUGAGCACUUUAAAAUUACCACUUAUUAUCAAAGAAUUAUAACUAUAUUUCUUCUUUCUUCUUCUUCCUCCUCUUCUUCUUCUUCUUCUUCUUCUUAUGUUCAUGACAAUCAUUACAAUAGUAUUUUCCUCAUGAUUAAUAUAUUCUGUUAUAAUGUUCAUUGAUACAAAACUGACUUAUCCUUUCAUCAUAAUUACAUUUCUAAAAAAGAUGAACUAUUUAAACGACAUUGAGAAAUGAUACAAUUUGAUAAUAGAAUAAAUAAAUCUUUAAUAUGAUAAACAUAUGCUGAAUAAAUCAAGAAUCAUUUAAAGAGAAAACAGUUAAGAGAAUAACAAAUGUAAGAUUUGGAAUUUUCAUCAACUAGAUAAUGUCCUAUCAACAACUUUAGCAUUUCAAUGUAUAUUAAACUAUUUUUUAGGAUACAUCCAUAUUUUUAUUGAGAAAUGUUAUAUAUAUAUUGUGAAUCAUUUUGACAUUUUGUAAUUAAAGUGAGUGUUGUAUUAUUUCAUUAGUUAUUUGUAUGUACUAAUAUUGUUUAUAUAAAGAUUUAUAAGUAUAGAGUUAUUAACAUCAUUCUUACUUACUUACACCUUUUACCCUUCACAGAGAGAGGAGCAUAGUUCGUUUACCAGCAUUCUCUAUCCAACCCUAUUCUGAACAUAUUAGCAUUAUAUAGACAAAUAUUGUUUUCUAGUUAAUCUGCCAACAUUUUAUAAUAUAAAUU